GAACAUCUCACCAUUUUCAUGUCCAAUUAUUGAUAGAUUUCCUUAUUUACUACAUGAGAUUGACGUCGAAUCUUCUCUUUCGUCCUUCACUCCUCAAAAUGGCCCUUCAUCCUCCACCGAAUAGCUCCAAGCUCAUCUUCGCACCCGCCAACGACAAAACCAAUGCCCAGGCCGAUCAAUUCGUAAAAGGCGCACUCGAUCGGAAAGAUCUCGAUUCCAAUCCUCUCACACAAUUCCAUUCCUGGUUUUCCCACGCACAAACCAAUGGCGUUUACCAUCCAGAGACCGUUUGUCUAUCAACGGCCAGUUUACCUUCCGGCCGCGUGUCAGCGCGUAUGGUAUACUUGAAGGAAUUAGAUGCAAAGGGGGGGUUUGUUAUAUAUAGCAAUUGGGGCACAAGUAAAAAGGCGAAAGAUAUCGCGGAGAAUAAAUGGGCGAGUCUUACAUUUUGGUGGCAAGAAUUGGAGAGACAGGUUAGAGUUGAGGGAAAGGUGGAGAGGUUACCCGAUGAGGAAAGUCAGGUUUAUUACAAUUUGAGGGCGAGGGGCAGUAGGAUUGGUGCUUGGGCUAGUCCGCAGAGUCAGGUAUUGAAGGGGAGAGAGGAGUUGGAGGAGAGGGUUAAGGAGGUUGAGAAGAGAUUCGAGGGCCAGGAAAAGAUACCAGUGCCGGAGUUUUGGGGAGGGCUAAGAAUCAUACCGGAAAUGGUAGAGUUUUGGCAAGGGAGAGAUAGUAGGUUACAUGAUCGAUUUCAAUACGAGAAGAAAGAGGAUGGAGAAUGGGAUAUUCAAAGACUAAGUCCGUGAGUAGGGGAAAGUCAGAUGUGUCAGAAUCAAGACUUGAACAACUUGAUUGAAGUCUAUAAAUGUUUCGUGCUGACUCCAGAGAACUUUAUGCUCCUAUGAUGACUGUGUGCUUUGUUCAAUAUUUGAGCAACACCUAGCAUUGUCAUUCAUGUUCUACAGAAAGUUCUGUAAGGAACAUCAACCGUCACCCCUUUCGAUUUUUACAUUACCGUUUGCAUGCCAAUAACUCACAACAUGAUAAUAUCUAAUGCACA